AUGAUAAAUUAUUUUAAUGAUUAUGCAAACCUGUGUUUUGAGAAGUUUGGUGAUCGGGUGAAACACUGGAUUACUUUUAACAAUCCUUGGGCUGUUGCUGAAAAGGGUUAUGAAACAGGAGAACACGCACCAGGACUGAAGCUUGGUGGACGCGGAGCAUACAAAGCUGCGCAUCAUAUAAUUAAAACUCAUGCGAAAGUAUGGCACUCUUACAAUAACACCUGGCGCAGUGAGCAGCAAGGUAUGGUUGGAAUUUCCCUAACUAGUGGCUGGGGUGAACCUGUUGAUCCACACAGCCAAACAGAUAGAGACGCUGCUGAAAGAUACAUACAGUUCCAUUUGGGAUGGUUUGCCAAUCCAAUUUACAGAGGAGACUAUCCAGAAAUUAUGAAGAAUUAUGUAGGUCGGAAGAGUGCCCAGCAGGGCCUGGGGACAUCAAGAUUACCAACCUUCUCAGUGCAAGAGAAAACCUAUAUCAAAGGCACAUCGGAUUUCCUGGGAAUAGGUCAUUUCACUACUCGUUAUGUUCUCCAGAAGACCUUUCCCCUUCUAGAAGCAUCCAGUUACCACACUGACCGUGAUUUGGCUGAACUGGUGGACCCAAAAUGGCCAGCUCCAGGACCUAACUGGUUAUAUUCUGUGCCUUGGGGAUUCAGAAGGUUACUCAACUUCAUUAAGACACAGUACGGGAACCCUCUCAUUUAUGUGACAGAGAACGGUGUUUCUGAGAAGGAACAGUGUGCUCAGCUCUGUGAUGAAUGGCGGAUAGAGUAUCUGAAAGGAUAUAUUAAUGAAAUGCUGAAAGGCUCCCUGACUACUCGCAUGGAAAUGCUGUCAGAGAUUGUUCUUCCUACCGUUUUCACACUCUGCAUACUCAUCAGUAUUGUGUUACUAACACUCUACCUUCGAAGUCGUCAUUAAAAUUGCAUGCUUACACACAUAUUCAUUUUGCAGCAAAAAUAA